CAGGGUUUUAUCAUUAUGCCUUCAAUGUGGCUGUUCCCGUGUGACACAUCUUGGAGUGAGACAACAUGAUUACGAAGCGCAGUCCUGCCCAGAGGUUCCCUGCUGAGACCGAAAUGAACUUGCCAUCCAGAGAGGAGUGCGAGGGCUGGGACCAGGCACAAGUAGCCUCCUUCUUGUGCCAGAACAAAAUGCCAGAAUGUGCUAUUACCAUAAAAAAAAUGAGGAUUAAUGGAAAAAGAUUUCUGAACAUGUUUGACAGCGACUUCAGCAAGUUUAGUCUCAUUCACCAACCGCAGCUUCAAAAGAUUGUUCAAGACAUCAAAAGAAAGGAUGGCAGUUUACUGAAUAAACUGAGAAGACUAAAAAACAAACAAAUUCCAAAGGUACCGGCGCGAGAUUAUGGAGGUGAUGAGGAUAUUGAUGAUCAGUUCUCGGAACCCGAUUAUGAUAAUGACAUGUAUGAAGAUCCACAUGCUGACCAGGACGACAGCUAUGAACCGCCACCCAGCCACAGGCCCUUCACAACAACAUCUUCCUUCCCAACAGGGGAGUACCUUGACAGCUGCCGUAACCAGCCUAAACAUUUGCCCAGGAAGCCCUUUCGUCCGGACAAAGCCUCCAGACAACUGCCCCCAGAACCCACCCACAUGGGGAGCGAAGACGAAGACUACAUGAAUCCAGACGGCAAUAAUGAUGAUGACAACUACAUAGAACCUGCAGAGGAUCUACCCACCAAUCCUUUGUCGCUCUGUAGAGGCAGAGCACGGAAGGAACUCCCCAGGUUGCCUGCAACGUUACCACAACCUCGAUCCAGUCCUGAUUUUUAUGAAGUCCCAGACAAAGAGCAAAGCUCAUUAUCGUCUGCAUCAAACAGACGGUGCACAAUCUCCUCAACGCUGUUAAAUUUGUUACCACCAAAACCCUGCCCCAGACAGAAUAUCAGGUCAGCUCCUACUGUCCAGGAACCAACACAAGACGAUGAAUAUGAAGUUUGUGAUCGAGAUGGUAAUUGUAGCAAUAAACCUGCAGAGAGUCGUCCUCCACUCGUACCAAAACCUUUGCCCAGAGAGAGGUCACCAAAGCCACCAUUUAGACCGAGGCCGGAUUUAAUAGCAAAGGGCUUUGAAAGCCAAAAGCUGCCUGUGAUACAAACUGAACACACAACUCCUCCAAAAGCUUCCACACUAGACUUGUCAAGACCAAAAAUUCCUCUUCCACAGUUGACCUCCAUGACAACAGACAGAAGAAGUGUCUCUACUGAAAAUGGAUUGAUAGAGGAAGAUGAGAAUGCAGAUGUCUAUAAGAAACCCUGGUAUUCCAGCACGUGUAACCGCAAGACUGCUGACGAUGCUUUGCUCCGCUCAAAUAAAGAUGGAGCGUUUAUGGUGCGGAAGAGCUCUGGUCACGACACACAGCAGCCCUACACGCUAGUGGUGCUUUACAAGGGCAGGGUGUACAACAUACCCAUCAGAUUCAUAGCAAACACACAGCAAUACGCGCUGGGAAGCGAGAAGAAAGGAGAGGAGCACUUCAGCAGCAUCUCCCACAUCAUCGAGAGCUACCAGAAGACUCCAUUGGUGCUGAUCGACAGCCAGAGUAACAACAAGGACGCCGUCAAGCUGUGCUACCCUAUAACACCGAAGCCGAGCCCACCGACAGCCAACUGAUUAGGCUGCAUCGCAACCUGCUGUGUUUACUGUCAAGACUGAACAGAACUGAUUAUGUCAUAUUUUUUCCCCCCCCGACGAUUUCUAAGGUGCUGUCAACAGGACUGCGUGAAGGUCAUUUGGGUUACAAGCAGAACUGAUUCUGAAGACUUUUUAACUCUUGUUUUUUUAUUAAGAUUCUUUUUUUAAUGCUCUGUCGGUAAACAGUGUAUCAAAAUUAAUGCAAGGAAUGAGACAAGUGUUGCAGACGCAGAGGGAAGCAAGACAGACAAAUGAUUCGCUUACGACAGCAGUACAUUGGAGAGCAAAUAAACACAAGGUUGUACAUUUUGUCUCAAUAAAAAAAACUUCUUGUGUUGUAGACGCAAGUCUUCAGUCAUGAGAAAAUACCACCAGGAACCACGACAGUUCCGUUUUCUUCUCUGUUCCAACAAAUAAUGUUACACUCAUGCACAUUGGUUGCAAGGCACUUAGUGAAAAUUCUCUGCUAAUAUUUUACAGUACCUCUACCUCCACUAUAUACAGUUAUAAAUCUUUUGUCUAAAUUACAAUGAAAAGAAUAAUGUGUGUCACCGACACUCCAGAUCUGGGGAAACGUAUAUAAUUUAGGUACAUCUGUCCAAUUUUCCAAGACACACACACAAAGAGCCAGUGUUUUCCUUUGUCUGCAUAAGGAAGUGUUUUGACACAGGUUCAGAUUGUCAAAGACCUAAUAAGUGAGGUAAUGGGAAAUAUAAAUCCUCCUUUCAUAGUGCAAUUAAAAAGAUUAUCAUUUCAAGUCAAAAGAGAGGAAAUGUGUUUUUGGUUGUUCUUUUACAUAACAAAAAUGACCAAUUCUUCCAGGCCUCUUCAUCAUUAAAAAUCCAGAUUUCAAAAGUAAUAAUUUUGUUAGUAUUUGAUCUAUAACAAAGAUCAACAGUUUACUUCUCAAAAAUGAGUCAUGUUUAUAGGGUUAUCUGCUCCCACUGAAAUAUCUUUUAGCAUGAUUUGGAGUUCACACAUCAAUUGUACACAGAUUCUUCCAAAAGGCCAAAGAAGCACAAAGAAAAGCAUAUAAAGACUAAACCUAAGGUCAUAAAUAAAUGUUGAAUAAAAACA